AUGAUUGACUCAGUCAAAGUAAGAAGACAGUGCAUGCAGGAUUUCUACUCUCACUAUGAACAUCUUUGUGCUCUUCAAAGCUCUGUCCCGCUGAAAGCUGUGAAAGACAAUCUCAGUGAAGGUGCUCUUGAUCUAACUGUAGAUCGCAUCAAAGCUGCUGACUGGGCACCGCUUCUACAUGCUGUCAGGCAUGAUAAAACCCUUACUUCUAUUGCAAUAAGAAGUUUUCAUCAACAGGGUCUUGGAGAAUCAGGUGUUGAAAGAUAUAAGACUUAUUUCAGAAAGCGAAUUCCACCAAUUCGAUCAAAAGACUUGACUGGUCAACUGUGCAAGGCUGUCAAAGGCUGUCUGAGUAUAUCAGAUGUACUAAAAAACCUGGAACUGCAGGGAUUGCUUCUGAGAGAGAGAGAUCUAAUACUUUUAACAAAGGGAUUGGCCAAAACCUCAUCUCUGGAGAGUGUCUCCCUAGCCCACUGUCCAGUUGGAGAUGGAGGAUUAGAAACAAUCUGUCAGAGUGUGAAGAAUUCCGCUAGUAUCCGAUCCAUAAACUUCACAGGAUGUAGCCUUACCUGGCGAGGGGCAGAACAUAUGGCAAAUGUUUUAAAGCACCAGGCAAUGAAAAGACAUAAUGAAGCUUGGGCUGAGAGCCUACGUUAUAGGAGACCAGACCUGGAUUGUAUGACAGGAUUGAGGCGCAUUACUUUCAACUGCAACAUGCUUGUUGGAGAUAGAGGAGCCAGUGCCUUUGCAGAAUGCCUAGGAGAAGACCUGUGGCUGAAAGCACUUGAUUUGCAGCAGUGUGGAAUAUCCAACGAAGGAGCAAAGUCAUUAUUUGAUGCUCUUCAAGCUAACAGAACAUUAGUGGUACUUGACAUUAGAAAAAAUCCGUUAAUUGAUCAUGUUUUGGUGAAAAGCAUUAUUGAAAGGGUUCUUGCGAAUGGAAAUGGUGCCAAUUCAGAGUACAGAUGGCUGACCUCUCCAUCUUCAAAGGAUGCUUUGAAAACUAGACCAAAGAAAAGAACUAUUGUCUUAGGAAGUGGUCGAAAAGGAAAAGCUACUAUUCGUAUUGUUAUCUGGAAGCAGAGAGGAUUAACAUCUAAAAAGUCUGUGAGCCCUGGGAAAAGAAAUUCAUCUGUGAAAGAUAGUUAUUUGCCAAAACCACAACCACCAGGCACAAAAGGCUUCAUUCCUUGGCGCACUGCAGAACGUGCAAAGAGAUGCAGGGGUGCUCCGGUGGAUAGUACGCAAGAGUUACCAGUGAAGAUUCAGACAGAUAUUCCUGUGAAAGUGACAGUAGAAAGUGCUGCUACUUCUGAAACUGAAGAGACAGAAGAACUAGAUGAUAUUAUCCAUCAUCCUGUCUUGAAAAAAUCUUUAGAUAAAAUUAAUGUAACGAAGUAUCAGCAAUUACAGCUCGAACUGGAAGAAUGCCUGCUAAAAUUAAAGGAAGAAAGAAGAGCCAGAGUAAAGGCUGAGGAACGGAUAAUGGAGCUGGAAGUUGAAAAUGCAAGAUUGAGGAACCUGAACACCUCCCUGUCUGAGGUUCUUCAUGCACAGUCAGCAACCAAUAUGAUUUUGGAAGAUGAAGGUGUUCUAGGCAGCAUUGAGAAUUCUUUCCAGAAGUUUCAUGCCUUUUUAGACCUCCUUAAAGAUGCGGGACUUGGGCAACUUGCUGCAUUAGCUGGGAUAGAGCAGUCAGAUUUUGGUCUAUUGGGCCAUCCACAAAUGAAUUCUACUCUUACUAAACCUGUUAAGAUGCAAAAGGAGAAAUCAUUUGAAGAAGAAAGACAAGAACAUACCCAGAAUAGUAAAGUGUUACUAGAAGCGCAGAAAGAACUGGUGGACUACAAAGGACUUGGUAUUAGUGUUCUUGAAAUGAGCCACCGUACUUCGGAUUUCACAAAAAUUAUAAAUAAAGCUGAAAGUCUCUUGCGUGAAUUGCUAAAUAUACCUGAAAACUACAAAGUUAUUUUUCUCCAAGGAGGGGGAUCUGGUCAGUUCAGUGCAGUCCCCCUCAAUCUCCUUGGUCUAAAGGAGGGAAGACAUGCAGACUAUGUGGUUACUGGAGCUUGGUCAGCAAAAGCAGCUAAAGAAGCAGAGAAGUAUGCCAAAGUGAACAUUGUCCAUCCUAAACUGGGAACCUAUACAAAAAUACCUGACCCAAGCACUUGGAAUCUUAAUCCAGAUGCGUCUUAUGUGUAUUACUGUGCUAACGAAACCGUUCACGGGGUAGAAUUUGACUUUGUACCUGAUGUCAAAGGAGCAGUUUUGGUUUGUGAUAUGUCAUCAAACUUCCUGUCCAAACCUGUGGAUGUUUCCAAGUUUGGUGUGAUUUUUGCUGGUGCUCAGAAGAAUGCCGGCUGUGCUGGGGUUACUGUUGUAAUAGUCCGCGAGGACUUGCUGGGAUUUGCACUGAAAGAAUGCCCUGUAGUACUGGAUUACAAAACACAAGCAACAAAUGGCUCUUUAUAUAACACUCCACCAUGCUACAGCAUCUAUAUAAUGGGAUUGGUACUGGAGUGGAUAAAGAAUAACGGCGGGACAGCAGCUAUGGAUAAACUUAGCUCAAUCAAAUCACGAAUGAUUUAUGACAUUAUAGACAAGUCUAAUGGAUUCUAUGUAUGCCCAGUGGAGAAAAAGAACCGAAGCAGAAUGAAUGUCCCCUUCCGCAUUGGCAGUGUCCAGGGGGAUGAAGGCCUGGAAAAGAAAUUCCUUGAGAAAGCCAUGGAGCUUAACAUGAUAUCUCUGAAAGGACAUCGAUCUGUGGGAGGAAUCCGUGCCUCUUUGUAUAACGCCGUGACGGUAGAAGAUGUUCAGAAGCUGGCAACGCUCAUGAGAAGCUUCAUGCAGACACAUCAGUCAUAAAGGCUCAUGAGUUGGAUCCUUGCUGCACAUCUG